GCCUCCUGUGCAACAACGCUCAGCUGGUGGCGGGGCAGCUCCUGGGGCAGCCGACCGAGGGCGCUCUGCUGGUAGCGGCUCUCAAGACGGGCGCCGUGGAGUGGCUGGUGAAGGGCAGCGUUGAGGUGCUGAUGGAGGACUGUGCUCAGUACCAUCAGGGCAGCUCCAGUCUGCCGCUCUCACCCAACACUAAAGCCGCCAUCAUCAGCACUGCCCAGCAGCAUGCGCGCCAUGGUCUCAGAGUGGUUUGCCUGGCCCGAGGCAGCUCUCUGCAGUCGCUGGUGUACCAGGGGCUUGUAGGCAUACAGGACCCCCCACGGGAGGCCGUGUCACACGCCCUAGACGUGCUCUACAGCACAGGAGUUAACGUUAAGAUGGUCACCGGCGACGCCAUGGAGACCGCGUGUGCUGUCGCCAGGGCUGUUGGCAUGCACGUUUCUCCAGGUGGUGUGUUCUCUGGCAACCACCUGGAUAGCGUUGACGACAACCA